UUUGCAGAAUGAUCAAAUGAUUGAAAAUGUGGUUUCUGUAUUUAUUAGUAGCUGUUUUAACAAUUGUAAACGCAUAUGGAGUAGGCUCAGAAAUAACUUUUGACGAAAAUGGAUAUGUAUUGUAUUGUCCCUGCAUGGGGCGAUAUGGAAAUCAAGCAGAUCAUUUUUUGGGAUCUUUAGCAUUUGCCAAGGCUCUGAAUAGAACUUUAGCUCUUCCUCCAUGGAGGACAUAUAGAAAUAUACCAUUUACAGAUUUUUUUCAAAUAGCACCAUUACAAAAUUAUCACAGAGUAAUAUUAUUAGAAGAUUUUUUAAGAGAGCUUGCUCCAAAGUACUGGCCAGUUGGAAAUCGGAAAGGUUAUUGUUGGCUUCCCCCAGGCUCUGGAGCAGACUGUAAAAUGAAGGAUGGAAAUCCAUUUUAUCAAUUUUGGGAUGAACUUGGAGUGAAUUUUGAUGACAGCAUUGUUUUCAAUAUUGGUUUUACUGUUGAAGACUCUUAUGUACUGGAAGAAUGGCAAAAUCAAUUUCCACCCUCUCUUCAUCCAGUGAUAGCAUUUAAAGGUGCACCAGCACCCUAUCCAGUCAAAGAGGCCAAUAGAAAAUUACAUCAAUACCUUGUGUGGUCUACAAAACUUCUGUCACAAGCAAAAGAACUUCAAAGCACAGUUUUACCAAAUGGGUCUUAUGUUGGAAUUCAUCUUCGUAAUGGAGUUGAUUGGAAAAAUGCUUGUGGAAAUGUAGAAGGAAUGCACAACUUUAUGGCAUCUCCUCAGUGCCUUGGUUACUCUCACUACAAUACUGUUACCAAAGAAAUUUGUUUUCCUUCUGAACAAGAAAUCUUAAAAAGAACUAGAGAAGUUGUUCUCAAAACAAAAGCGAAGUCUGUCUAUGUUGCAACUGAUGCUAAUGCCAUGUUAACACAACUGAGAACAAGUCUUGCAGAUCUCAAGGUUACAGUUAUCCAUGGAAAUCCUUCACUUCCACAAAUUGAUCUAAUAAUCUUAGCUAAAUCUGACCACUUCAUUGGAAACUGUGUAUCAUCUUUUACAGCACAUGUCAAACGAGAAAGAGACAUUCAUGGUUUGCCUUCCUCUUUCUGGGGUUUUAAUGGACACAGUAAAUAAGAUUAUGGAGAUGAAUAUAAUUUAUGAUUAGUACAAUACACUUAUUGUAUACAGUAGAACAGCAGGAUGAUCAUGAAUGAAUGGCUAAUCACUGAAUAGCCAACUUUAAAUAUUUUGUUUCACAAACAUGCAAAAAAGAAUAUUGUAGACAAAACUCUGGGAAAAUAAAAGAAAAUAUUAAGAUAGUUUAGUUUUCCUCAA